AGGGGAGAGGGGACCGUACAGUGAUAUAUGAGGGGAAUAACACAGCUCCCGGCACAGUACCUAACUGAGGCUUGGAGGAGGGUCAUAGGGGGAGGAGCCAGUACACACCAUGUGACCUAAAAAGCUUUUUAGAUGUGCCCUGUCUCCUGCGGAGCCCGCUAUUCCCCAUGGUCCUGACGGAGUCCCCAGCAUCCACUACGGACUACGAGAAAUAGAAUUAUCGGAAGGGGAGUAUAUAGAGGAACAGAGGGGUCUGUACAAGGACGUGAUGAUGGAGAAUCACCGGCCCCUCACAUCACUGGAUGUGCCCAGUAACAGAGAUACCCCAGAGAGAUGUCCCCGUCCUCUGUAUUCCCAGGACUGUACAGAGGAGAAUCACAGGACCCCACAGGAGGAUCAGGGUGAAGAACUGCUUGAUAUUAAGGUAGAAGAGAUAGAGGAAGACGAAGGGACGUAUGUGACUAUUAUGAAGGUUGAAAAUGAAGAAGGAGAUGAAAAGACAUAUGUAAGGGUCAAUCAGCAGUGUAAGGAGGAGGAGAUCUCUACAGAUAUCAGCACAGCAGUUGGACACCUCCGUAGGAAAACUUCAGAGGAACAUCUCUUUAUCUCUUCAAAUGGUGAAUUCGAAGAUAACCUCACACGAAAUGCUGAAGGAGAAAACUCUGUUACACCAUCUGAUCCUAUUUAUCAUUGGCAAUUUUCUCCUGGAUGCUCAGAUGUUGGUACAUCUACGGCAGUUCUUGGAGUAGUAAACCCUAUUACUCACCAGUCAGCUGAGGCAGGAGAAAAGCACUAUUCAUGUUCUGAGUGUGGGGAUUUUUUCACACAUAAAGGACAUCUUAUUAUACAUCAGAGGGUUCACACGGGUGAGAAACCGUUUCCAUGGUCUGGUCUGAAACGUGUUACUGAGAAAUCUGCUGCUGUUAGCCAUGAGAGAAGUCAAACAGAUAAAAGUCCAUUUCCACGUUCUGAGUGUGGGAAAUGGUUAACAGAUAAAUCAUCUCUUGUUAGUCAUCAGAGACGUCACACAGUUGAGAAACAAUUUCCGUGCCCUCAGUGUGGGAGAUGUUUUAGACAGAAAUCUAAUCUUUCUGUACAUCAGAGAAUACACACAGGUGAGAAGCCAUUUACAUGUACUGAGUGUGGGAAACGUUUUACACACAAAUCAGCUCUUGUGACACAUGGGAGAAAUCACACAGGUGAGAGGCCAUUUACAUGUUCUGAGUGUGGGAAAAGUUUUGUGGGGAAAUCGCACCUUGUUAGACAUGAAAAGUUUCACACAGGUGAGAAACCAUUUACAUGUUCUGAAUGUGGGAAAUGUUUUACACGAAAAUCACACCUUAUUAGACAUGAAAAACUUCACACAGGUGAGAAACCAUUUGCAUGUUCUGAGUGUGGCAAAUGUUUUUCUCGGGACUCGCAUCUUGUUAUACAUGAGAAAAGUCAUUCAGGUGAGAAGCCAUUUUUAUGUUCUGAUUGUGGGAAAUGUUUUACACAGAAAUCCUCUCUUCUUACACAUCAGAGAAGUCACACAGGUGAGAAGCCAUAUCCAUGCACUGAGUGUGGGAAAUGUUUUACCCAGUCAUCAGAUCUUGUUAAACAUAAGAGAAUUCACACAGGGGAGAAGCCAUUUUCAUGUUCUGUGUGUGGGAAAUGUUUUACUCAGAAAUCGUAUCUUGUUACACAUGAGAGACGGCACACAGGUGAGAAGCCAUUUCCAUGCUCUGAGUGUGGGAAAUGUUUUACCCAGUCAUCAGAUCUUAUUAAACAUCAGAGAAUUCACACAGAUGAGAGAGAAUUUCCAUGUUCUGAGUGUGGGAAAUGUUUUACAUGUAAAGCAUAUCUUGAUAAACACCAGAAAACUCACACAGGAGAUAAACAAUUGUAAAGUCAGAUUUUGCGAAAGCCAUUGAUGUUGUUGUACGUUUUUGAAAUAGACACAAAUACAUUUACUGAAAAUAGCAAUUUAGUGAUAAAAUAACAGACUUAAUAAUAAAUUAAAUCUAAAAUAGAAAUGUAAAAUUGAAUGACCUCACUGGUGUCCAAAUGCAAUGCGUUUCACAGCUCGCAGUCCAAUUCCGAGCUGCCUGCGGAAGCGGACGGAAUGCUCUUUGCUUCUGGACACCAUACAGUGAGAUUAUUAUUGGUUUUAAAGUUCUUUAGUUUUUGUUUUAAUUUCUUGUCUAUAUGUUAGUUAUCAUUCAAUUGCUGUUUUAUUAUAUGUUCUGAAGUCUUUAGUGUAUGAUAUUUUGAUCUUCUGAUACUGAUUAAUUGCAGUAAUAAUGUGAGUCCAUUAUAGGAGCUCUUCACUCCAGGACCCAACAAUAUAUAUAUAUAUAUAUAUAUAUAUAUAUAUUUAUUAUGAUUUGUUCAUUAAAAAUACAGUUGUUUCUGA